CUCUGCUGCUUCGCCAAGCGAGACGUUGCGGCUUCUUACAUCGCGUCACGCUUCGAUGAGCGACGACGAAUGCCGGCCAAUCGCACCGGCUUUCUCGCGUGUCGGCCGCGUGUGAUUGGGCUCGUCUGAUCAACUCUCAGUGAAUCCUGUUGUGCCGAAUCAAGGACGCGCACAGUAGACAGCUGCGGGCAGUGGAUUCAGGCAACCGCAGUUUCAUCUAGGUCAGACCGCUGUUCUCUGGUAGUUACUGAGGUGGCAUCGAAGGCGCCCGGAAACGCCUGUUCUGGCGCGGAUCCUUGUUCAUCGCGCAACACCCUGGAGCAGGAGAAUACUGCUGAAAACGAAUUUUACCAAUCAAUAACUGUAGCUGCGGACAAGCCGGCGCGUGAGAAGUGGCGCUGAAAGUGCCGGCGGCGGUUAACUUGGUGCGCCUUCUUUUCGGCAGGAAUCUCCUGUCAGAAAAUAACCCCUGCAGUGGACAAGUUGCGCCAGCACAAAGGAAUUUACCAAACGUGUCAAGAAGUGUGGCAUUUUUGUGCUUUACAGUCGUUUUGAUUUUCUGCCUAUCAGUGGGUCAAACUGUAACGUCGUCGCGGUUGUGAGUGUGUCAGUUCUCCCCUCCCCCCCCCCCCCGGAUUUUUUUUCAUACGAGAGAUUUUUCAUCGAGCUUCAGGACGUGGCACCCGACGUAGAAACAACGGACAUCCGUUAAUUCGCAUGGACAGCGUGGCACAGUAUUCGUUGGGAAGGUGAGCCCUCGCAGCAUGGACGCCUCGUGACGCAGCAGUCUCCAUGGGUCAAAAGCGGCCCGUCCCAUGCCUUGGCCGACGCCGGCCUGCAGCUGUGGCCCCCGCAGCAGCGGAACCGUCGCCCAGAGGCAGCGCAGCAGCAGCGUCUCCCGGGCGGCCUCAGUCCGGUCGUGAGGCUUGACCAGCUCCGCACGCACAACGAGCGCCGACCCUGCAAGGCAUGCGACUCGACGGACUGGCCUUCAUCGCCGUGGUGUCGUUGGCGACCUGCCUACUUUCCCGCGCCACAGAAGCCCAUGGCAGAGCCGCUCCGAGGAAGAAUAGGCGUCUCCUGGACCUUCCCCUGGAGUGGCCUCGCCCUCGGCGACGCGACCCGACGGCGCCGCCCUCAGGUCCCCCCGAUCUAGGCUACGUGCGCUCGGCCGAAUGCUGCCCGUCCGUGACUGAGGCCAUCCAGCCACUCGGCGGCGUCUCCAUCACGGGCCGCAUCCUGGAGCUGUACCGAGAGCCCAACGCCACGCAACGCUUCUACCAGACGUCGUGCCGGGAGCAAGUCAAGGGCCGGCCCUGCCGCUACGUCCGCUCCAAAUACGAGGCACAGUCGCGCUGCGUCCAGACCUACAGCUACAUGUACGCGCUGGUGCGCGAGUUCCAGUCCGACGGGCCCUGGCGGCUCGACUACAUCCGCUACCGCAGCGGAUGCUCCUGCCAGGUGCACCGGCCCAGAGGGUACCCACUCAGCCUGCUCGCCAGCAGGCCUUGAUUUCCUGCCUCCCUUUCUCCCGCCUGGAGGACGUCGUGGCGAGACCUGGCGUGGACCUGUCCGGCGAAGAGCGCAGUACCGCUGCUGCUGACGCCCAACUGUUGGACGCGCACGUGCUGUGACGACUGACGCGUCGUGAGACUUUCAGCGCAUGUCAAAAGAUGCACAAGCAUUUUGUCAUUGUCGUUGGGUAUGGAAAGGUCUGUAAGUUCGAGGUGUAAGUAAAACUCGGAGCUGUUAAACGGACGGUAGAAACAGUAAGUGAUAGGCGAAGGCCAGCAACCGGCGCUCUCGUUAUCUCGUGUUCUGUCGUACCAGUUAAGCUUCCCUGUACUCCUCCAGCUCCAUCACUGGUCAGUGCUGUACGCUGACUCAUUGUUCCCAUCCGAGUCACUGAACCUUUCGCAACACGCAGCAUGGCGCCGCGAUCGGGCAGUGAACGCGGCCGAGCGGCUCACCGAGACAAUUACUUCGCGUCCACUCAACCUACGACAGCACCGAAAGCCUCUCUAGCGACUUCAGCCAUGCCCAGAUGACUGUGCCACUCAGUUGCGCCAGACGACACGUGCGUCUCGAUGUCCGUGUCUCAUAAGUUGUUAACGGUUCGCUCUCCAACACCGCACGCCGCGGUUCUUCCGUGCGUUUACGCCCCGUUGGAACAACCGAAAAUACUCACAUAUCAAGAACACACAUGCCAGGUUGGCACGUGCAUACAAUCAAAACUCCUGCUUUGUUCAUUGAAUGCAAUGUCGGAGAGUACAGCGCAUAAAGCGGCUGUCGUAUCCGGUCUUCGUCGUGUCAUGUAAAAUAAUUGUCGCCGUCACGAAAGUAUUCGUGUACCGAGAAGUGGGCCUGCAUCACCUGGAGCUACGAGGCGCUUGUGAGAUUUUAAGUAAGGCUGGAAUAUAGUAGCGCGCUUAAUCCAGUACAGCGGCCCCGGGGCUGCAUGCAUACUGUUGAUUUCGCGGCAACUGCUGACGUAUAUGGGUUGUAUUUUGAUUGCGACUUGGGUGAUGUGACACAGUGCACGGUUGUAGACAAAAGAACGGAACGUCUUUAAUGUUUCCGCUUGUUGCAUGUGUAUCACUACAUUUCGAUCUCAUUCCAUUUCAGUUAGUGAAGUUGCCGGAAGGGAACCGACAGGUUUUGACUUCCACAUCAUUUUGCACUGAUGAUGACACGCGGACAACUAUAUACAUACAACGGUCACCAGUAUUGCAGAAUUCACGCCGGCGACGGCGAAUACACUUCGUGUUGCGAGUUAAAACGCGAGGUAGCGUGUUGGCGAAAUGGUAGUGACUAUAACGGAUUAUGAGGAAGGAAGAGGCACUGGUCUGUAGACUUGAAAUGACGUAGCUUCUACUCACUGUCACUGUGACUUGGUCGCUCGGAAUAUUGCGAAACUCUACAACAAGGGGGGGAGGGGGGGGGGAUAUUACAUGAAGUCACGCAAGGACAGAUGUCCUGAAAAGGCGCGAGUCAGCGCAUGACGGCAAACCUGGUUUACCAUCAGCCAAGUCAACCAAUGCGACAUGUCCAGUAGGGUCUUCCCGGGUGCUAGUAGAUAAACGCAAUGCCCUUUAGAAGUUGUAAUGAAGGCCGUAGUUUUUGUGAGUAACCCUGUGACGAGCAGUAACAUUCGAAACAACCUGCGAAUACCUUACGGCUGAAACUGCGCGUGUUUUAAAUGAAAAACACCACGUCUUCUCCGUGAGGACAGUAGUCAAGCGAUUGCGCCGCUCAGUUUGUUCGGCCCCACAGACGAGAUUAAAGAAGGCUGAGGGAACCGGGCGUAAAUAGCAGGACGAACGUGAAGACAGGCCACGGAGUAAACGCGGAUGACAGGUUGUCCCAGAUGCACCGCACCGCUUUGUUCAAAUGACGAAGGCUCAGCCGCACACGCAUGUAUUUCUAUGGGCCAGCUCGCACACCUCUAUUCGUGUGCACCCAGCAUUGUGAUCCUUCGUGUGCACUUUGCCACUGAGAAUGCUCAUUCUCUAUCGACACCUUCCUUCCUUCUGCCAGUGACACAACCUAAAUUAACUGUACAUCUUUCGUUGUGUGGAGUUUUCUGGUCCGCCUUCCAUUUUGGACAACCCGAAUAAAGCGAUAAGAAGUUCAGAUGCUUAGAUGGUAUGAUAGUGCUUGGUUGUAGUACAGACAACAUAUAUAUAUUAACUUACUCCAGGUGGUGCAUAAAGCAGGAAAUAGAAACGAAAAUGUAAUAGGCAUGCGCGUAGAGGGGUGAGAAAUGUUAUUGUAUUAUAAUUUGCUAACAGCUGCACCCCCUUUUCUGUAUUAGCACAGCUAGCUGACUUCAGCAAUAAACGUUUGUUGAAUGCUUUAACGAUAGUCACAACUCAAACUACACUGAAAGCGUCCUUCCUGGAAAUCGGCUUUUUGAUGUGGCAAGGUACUCAUAGGAGGAAUCGAUCUCAUUGGCUAUGGAGUUAAAAUUCAGCGCCGCAUUACGUUAAGUAAAUAUAAACCACUACACUCACUUUACGUCCAACAUUUAACCACCACCCCUCCUCCCAGUUGCUUUAGUCUUCCCAAUGCGCUGGCAUGCAUUCAGUCAGAGGGAGCAAUAACUCACGUGGACUGACCUUAAUGUGCGGAAAUCGCAAGCGAAAAGAAUAGUGCCAACGUGGAAAAUCAGCGCAACUCAAGGACAACGCACACAGGAAGGUAAGACAAAGAGAAGCGCGUAAGGCGAAGGAACUGACCUGACCGGAAUGCCGAGACUGAUGACAAUGAUGAUAAUAAUUCCCAUAGAGUCACCUAAGCGCCAGUUAGGCGGCAAGGUCGCGAAUGGUUGGGUUUCUUUGGUUUCCUCCUGCAUUUGGAGAACAUAAGUUUGUGGAGUGGACCAGGGUGUGUAUCGCAUACGUCAUCGGCGAGUGGAAUGCACUUGUAACUUCAAAACCACCCGCCGCGGUAGCCCAUUGGCUAUGUCCUCGCGCUGAUGAGCCUGAGCUCGAGGUCUCGGGUUUGGUCCCGACCACGGCGGCGUUUGGAGGCGGAAUGCAAAAACGUACGUGUGUACGUUUUUGCCCAGGUGGUCAAAAUUAAUCCGGAGCUCCGUACUACGGCGCGCCUCAUAAUUUUGACACUUGACACCCCAAUAUUUCAUUAACUCUACUUCGAAAGCAAAAAUUUCUCUUUCAGUCCUGCGACACCUGUAGCAGAGCGCACACCUUGCAUUUAGCGCCGAUUGAGCAAGACGCAAAAGAAAUGUAUUACAAGUACGCUCAAACUGCUGCGCGAGCUCGAAAGCGAGAACCCCUUCGAAAUAACAUGAUGACGACUGCAGUCAGAUGGCGAUCGAAAGACAAACAGAUGGCUUUACCAAUAAACAAAUAUGUCGGCGUAUACCUGAUUGACUAGCAAAGUUCGGUAUUCCAGACGGUGCAGGGUAAACAAUUGGGUUACUUACUAUGAAUAUUGUGCACGCAUGGACGCGCACAGAAAAACAGACCCCAUAUACGUUCAGAAAUCUACGAGUUGCUCGGGUCAGGUCAUCAGAGCAUACCGCUCCGUUGGAACUGCAAAAGCUGAUUCGGCUAGCGAACAAGAUCGAAGCAUGAAGCACCCGCCGCGAAAAGCACGUGCUGCGACCUAAGCAGGGUUGCUUUUCUUCUCUCUCUAUCUCUCUCUCUCUCUCUGAGGAGAGAGAGUGGGAGGGGGUGCGGGGAAGGUACUCGCGCUUUUGUUUCGGGACCACUUGUUUUCUCAGCGCGUGAUUUCAUUUGCAGGUCAUUUACGUCGAGCUUCGGUAACGUCCGCGAGACUCGGUGCCAGAGCAAACGCAGCUGGAACUGGAACUGUUUGACGUGGACGUACCCUCCAACUCCCGCCUCCCUCCCCCGCCCCCUCCCAUGAGCAGCUACCAGAACUCUGGCAACCUCUUCGUGCAAAGUGCAUUAACGUGUCUGCGUUAACCGCUUACCAUCUGGUCCCGGUCUAGUGUGUCAUGUUUUCUGCAGCAUACAGCUAGGUAAUUUUGCCUAGUCACUUGGAGUUAGGUCUGAGCUCUGCGGUUCGCAUGGUUGCCAACACGCGCGCUAAUCACGAGUGGUAGCGUCCGCCACAGAAUCCAAUACGUGCGUCAUUACGUUUAUAGUGAAGUUUCGAUGACAGGCAUCGCAAUCCAUGCUUUCUUGUUGCCUACCCCUCCCCCCCUUUUUCUCGAAACAAAGAGUUUGAGCCAACCAACAAUUUCAAGUGGCAAGGUACUCCAUUGGUUUGAUGAUGUUAAUACAUCGAGUAUUGUUGCUUUUUUCAACGUUAUCAACGUGCUAGGCAUACCUGUUAAUAUGCUUUUUUUUAUGUAUCCAAGAAAGAGUAAAAGUGCGGGAACAGGAGGCGCCUGAAAGCAAAAUUCGGUGUCAGCAAUUAAUGAUUUACUGCCAACGGAUUCAAUUUGGGCCUCAAACAAACAGAAAAACUGUUCCUGCUUGCCUUUCUUUAUUCUAGCUUUUUUUUUCAUUUCAGUUUUUUCGUGUUGAGCAGACACUACACGAUGUUGCUUGGAAAAAUAAACAGUUGGCUGUUAGCGCCGUUGUCUGCCCUUCCUGAAUUUCUGUCAAUUGCACGGUUUCUUCUACUCAGGUCAUGAACCAUGCAGCCCAAAUGCGUAGGCGUGUACUUUCUUUCACCUCCCAUUUUCUAUCUCUCUUUCUCUCUGGUUAUCAUACAUCGUGCCCUCUCUUCCUGCGAUCUUAAGCGACUACUACUGCUUUUCAUGCCGAGAUCCUGCUUGACAUUAUAUUGCCGAGUCGCACUGCGACCACUAAAAAUAUGGGAUUUUACGUGCGAAAACCACGACCUGAUUAUAAGGCACGCCGUAGUGGGGGACUCCGGAAAUCUGGACUCUCUGGGUUUCUUUAACGUGCACCUAAUCUAAGUACAUGGAUGUUUCCCCAUUUCGCCCUCAUCUAAAUUCGGCCGCCGUGGCAGGACUCGAUCCCGCGACCGCGUGCUUCGAAUUCCAACACCGUAGCCACUAAGCAACCACGGCGGGUCAUACGUAGUUAAGCUCAGCUAGAUGUUCCCAAUACCUUUCUUGUUGCUUUAUCAUUUUCUCAUCCUAUCAUGACUCAGUGCAACAGUGGCUGUAACAACGUUGCUGACUCGAACUCACGCUAUUGACCUGUCGCUUAUUGACAAGCAUAAAACAAAGGAGCCAGCUAUAUGACGCUUGCAGCUAAGAGCACGACUCCGGUCGCGAUUUCGGGCUUGUUCGUGCGCGUGCGUUAUCUUUCGCGGGGAAUUUUGUGACUCAACUCUUGCUGACCAUAACGCUCAGCGCGUUUAUUCUAGAGAUAUAGGCGGGAAUUGGCUUUGGGAUGAAAUGUUUGGCACCCACGUGACGUCACAGGGAUGACAGUGUAUGGAGCUAGCUAUCUCUCCCCGGCCUCUCUAAUCACGGUGCGCCAAAUACGAAACGCGAGAUGUGUGCUUAAAUCAGUCUCGAGGCGUAACUGUUUCAGGCGUCCGUCAAAGCCCUGCAAGAAGCGGUGAGGAUGGUGCGCUCCGAGCUACAGCGUGAUGUCUCAGCCAAACCGCCUGCUCCAACCGUGAUCGAGUGUGCCCCUUACUCGUUGUGUCUAUACAUGUGACCGAGUGGAAAGAGUGUAAUCUACCCAUGUGAUGGCUGAAAUAAAAUCGAAAGACCCGACCCCAACCACCCUAGACCCCGCUCCUCACCCGUGCAAUGCAAAAUGGUGUGUGUCUCAGUUACUGCUUGCUUUCUUUUUGUCGUUUUCUAGUUGAUGUAGAAUUAAGAGUCCGGUGGAUUUUUUUUUUAUUCUUUGCAGGUUAAGGGGUACUGACAUGAUAUGUUCGACUAUUCAUUUUUUGAAUGCAUGACUUUUAGUCACGCAGGAAAACCGUCGCUGACGCAUGACGCUCAGAAGCCGAGUCAUGGUCUUGCCCACCGGGCUAAACACUUGCAGGCAGAAGGCGAAUAUGUCCGAACCAUGCAUUUGUUGCACCGCGUUGUCACGCAACACAAACAAAUAAGUAGUCAAUGAGUUAAUAAGGAUGAUAAGGAAUGGUGAAGGGUUAUGUGGGUCUUAUCGCGGUUGAUAAUAGUUCUACGCGGAUGGAUAAGUUGCUAAAGAAUUAUAUGGGCUUAUAAUGGUCCGCGCAAUUCUGAUAAGGAUCGAUAAGGCUCGUAUAAUGUCCGAUGACGUUGAUAAGGACAUAUAAGUGUUGAUAAGGGUCUGAGCAAUUUCUAUAAGGUUGAUAACGACCGAUAAGGGUUGAUAAGGGUCCGAUCGAGUAUGAUAAUAUUGAUAUAAUGGACAAAAAAGCUUGACAAGGGUCGAUAAGAGUUGGGUCGAGUCCAGUCAGAUUGAUAACGACCGAUAAGGGUUGA